CAUGAAAAUUCUGCAUAAUAAAAGCGAAUGGUUAAAUACAAUCUGAUCCCAGAGGGCGGCAAGGGCUAGCGACACGGGCACAGAACGGCCCUGAAAUAGUGUCAUAUCACAAGGGACUCCCCGGAUAUUCUACUGACCUGUGUACAGUCUAAGGUAAACAUUGGACCACUAUUAAGAGCACCUGUCGGGUACACCGAUCACCUGGUUACCUGGAAGUUUCAGUACAGCGUCGUCAUUCUGCUUCCGGUUCCGGUCUGACAAUAUGGGAUGCGCAGCGUCCUCAGAUACUAACCACCAGUACAACAACCUUGGUCAUGGUCAUGAAAACAAUCGAAACUACAAUGACCCGCCAGCAGCGGACAGAUUGUACAACCAUAACAACGUACAACCAACACCUGCACGGGACCCAACACCUCCCCCACGGGAUCCAACACCUCCUCCAAAGGAUCCGACACCUCCACCCCCACGGGACCCAACACCUCCGCCUCCACGGGACCCAACACCUCCCCCGAAGGAUCCGACACCUCCACCCCCACGGGACCCAACACCUCCGCCUCCACGGGACCCUACACCUCCACCGAAGGAUCCGACACCUCCACCGCCACGGGAUCCGACGCCUCCUCCCCCGCGAGACCCAACUCCUCCUCCUCCUUCCCCACCUCCUAAAGACCCCACUCCACCUCCCCGAACCCCUACAUCCCCUGUACCACCACCGCCUGAGCCUGAACAAGAAUACCAAGAAGAGCUCACACCGGCACCGUAUCCAAGUCAUCUGGACGGCAUGGCUUCGCCAGUUCCACCAACUUUUGAAUCCGAUUAUACUAAGACAAAUAUAGACACGUAUGAGAUCCACGUCGACUUCCGGAAGAGUCCAGAAGACUAUGACUAUGAACAGCUUCCUGUUACGUCUGGGGGAUGUCUCUACGAAGACUUGGAUUUCCCGCUGGAUGUCGCCUUACCCAGUCGACCUAACGGCAUCGAAUGGAAACGCCCAACGGAAAUUCGUUCUCGUCCAGUGCUUUUCUCUGACGGAACCACGCGGUAUGAUAUCGGUCAGGGUUCGAUAGGGACAUGCUGGUUCCUGUCCAUGGUUUCAGUCAUAGCAGACAAACCCAGUCUUAUCAGACAGGUCAUUCCCCGGAACGCCUACCCGGUAGGAACUCCGGAAUAUAAAGGAAUGUUCCAUUGCCGGUUCUGGAGGUAUGGAAUCUGGGAUGAUGUAUAUAUAGACGACAACUUGCCAAUCGUAUACGGAGACAAAGUUUACAGUGCUCAUUCUGCUACUGACGAAAACGAAAUGUGGGUCGCUCUGCUGGAGAAAGCCUUCGCCAGAUCCUAUGGGAGCUACGAAGCUGUAACUGGAGGAUUGACGGCUGACUCUUUCAUCGCCCUCACGGCCGGCGUACCGGAAAUGAUAGACAUACAGAAAGGGAAGACUUGCGGUCCUGUCCUGUUCAAAAGAAUAAGAAACGCCAUAAGCUCAGGAGCCAUGGUGGCAUGCACUGUACCAGAUAAAUAUGACAAUCACCAGGGUCUUGUUGGCGGACAUGCGUACUCACUUACCGGAACUGCAAUGGGAAACGAUACCCAGCUGAUCCGCGUCCGUAAUCCAUGGGGGAAACACGAGUGGACAGGGCCGUGGAGCGAUGGGAGUUCUGAGUGGUCUUCUGUUCCCGAAGGCGCUGUGCAAAGAGCAAACGUAGACGACGGCGAGUUCUACAUGUCUCUUGAUGACUUUAUGACGUAUUUCUCUGACGUCACGAUAUGCUGUCUCACGCCAGAUUUUGACAGGGAUGGGAGUAGCGAUACAUUAAAUUAUGUCACGUGUUUAUACGGGGACUGGCGCGGGAAGAAUGCUGCAGGGUUUCAGAAGAAACUGGAGAAUCCUAAAUAUCUCAUAGAAGUAACAGACAAAUUAUGUGACGAGUCAGGCAACGUUCCAAUAGUGCUCCAGAUUAUACAGAGGACCCACCAGAGAAAGAGGGAUAAGAUAUCCAUCCGCUGUGAUCUUUACAAGGUAUUGUCGAGUUCGGGAGGAAUUUAUGUUGUGGACGAACUUGGUGAAAACACCAACUCGUACAAGCAGGAUCAACAGGCGUCCUUCCGGUAUCUCGUUACACCAGGGCGGUACAUCGUUCUUCCAUCGGCCAUUGAAGACGGACUUGAGAAAGAAUUUAUGGUCAGGGUAUUUUCGUCAGGACCUCUUUCAUGCUUUGAGGAAGGCAAGGUAGCAAGGAACCUAACAGAGGACGAAAGCAUCAAGUACAUGCUGUUUGACCGCCCUGAUCUCCCUCAACUAGACGUACCGGCUGAUACAUGUUUUUGUCAGUGUUUGCCAGGCGCGUUCAUAAGUGGGGUGAACGCUGGAGGCCAGGUCUCUAACGAUACAGUUGGCAACAAUCCUCAGUUCCGAUUGACCGUCAAUCAGAGGGGCCUUGCGCGAUUCCAGCUAAUGCAAGAAAUGAAAGAGGAUCUGAUGCCUUUAGGGUUCCGUAUGUGGAGGGUGGACGAUGGGACCUUCCCUCUGACCACUAACUGGAUAUGGGACAACUACAGUGACGACAACAAGCUAGCGCGCAUGACUGACAAUGAUGAUGGGAAAUUUGUCGUGGCCAAGAAUGUAUCAGCUGAUUAUGUCCUUGACCCCGGGCAGUACGUCAUCCUUAUUCACCUCGACGGCCAAUCACAGGAGACGAAGUUCGUAAUGAUGGUAGAGUCACAUGACUCCACAAAUUUAGAGGGUGCUCAGUUAGCUGCUGAAUAACGCCGGAACAGAAAGGACUUCACAAACUUGGUGUUGUUAUAAACAACUGCAUUACGUAAAUUAUCCUAAAUACCGAGCAAAAUGCCGACUGAUUGGUUACCAUCGACACAGUGAUAUGGAUUACCAAUUUAUGGGUUCAUUUUCGUAUGAAAAAAUACAACGCCAAAACACUAUGUGUUUAUAAUACUCCCUUCCUUGUCUAACUUGAUCAUCAGCAUUCUCUUUCUGUAGUUCAGAUACAAGACUCAUCUUUCCGUGUUUAUGACGUAUUUUGUCUCGUACCUUGGAGUACAUAUCCAAUCACUCCCAAAGUGCAUUGUCGUCAACCUCUCCCAGAGUGCAUUGCGGUUCCCUUCAUUGCAUUGUAAUGAAGGGAACCGCAAUGCACUCUGGGAGAGACUGCAUUGUCGUCCAUUCCAUUACAAAGGAUUCGUGGAGGCUCAGUCAUGGGAACGAUUGAAAUGGUGCAAGGAAAGAAAACUAAGGUAAUGCAAAAAAAUAGAAAUCAAAAUGAAAACGAAACGUAAUGAAGCUUUAAAUGCCAAUAGAACAAUUUUAUGAACAAACCCACAAACAAGUGAGAUAAACUUAGACCAUUGUUUAUUACUGAUAUUUACAUUUUGGCUAAGGGGCUAUAACAGCUGUGGUGUUUACAUUGCCGUAGGUUGACUCGGCCAGUAAAUAUUUGAGCAAAUUAGUAUUGUAGCUGGCCAAGCCGAAUAAGGAAGCAAUUUUGUGAAUAGAAAGUAAAAUUUAUAAUUCUUGGGGGACUUACAAAUUACAUAAUGAUGUAAAAAGCCCAAUCGUACAUGUAUUUGAAAAGUAUGAGAAUACCUCAAUUAGAUUCAUAAUCCGGCUAGUAGUACACGCUAGAGUAGAUAUGAUGCGUCUGUUGUUUAAGAUGGAAUAUCUGUCAUACUUAAGACCAGACCUAUCUCUGUUAUCUAUAUAUUAUAUGGCAAGCCAAGAAGAUGAUGGAGGAGUGUAAUCACUCUCAAGUGUGGUGUUUGGCAUCACAAUGUAUAUGAUAUGCAUUGUUAUUGAUGUAUGGUUUCUAUACAUGCUAAUUUCGGUUAAUAUUUAUGUUUUAAUAAUGGUUUUAUGUACAUGUAUUAGUAAAUUAUUAUAUUGAGAGGGAUCUAUAUGGGAUUUCGAGCACACUGUGAAAUGGAAUAUUGAUAAUACUAGUAUAUGCAUGUCUUAUUCCUGAAAUAUUAAGGAAAUUCUAUUUCUUUUCGCAGAAUAUGCACUCAAUUUCUUAAGAGACAUAUUACUGAAAUAAUACUGAAAGUUGUAUUACGCAUACACGAACCUUGAGUUGACAGGUGGCGGUGCACGUAUACAUAUUCUAAAUAAAAAAAUUCUUAUCGUUGGAUAACGUGUUUCAGAGCAGACACAAUGCGAAAUUGAAAGAAAACAGAAACAUGAUUUUAUACCUUUAAUUCAUAUUUAGAUUACCAAAAUAUGUUAACUGAGUUCGAUCUAGAUAGGUUUGUUUUGUAGGUAGAUUCAUUAUUUAUUCAUUUUAAGCAGGAACUGUGAUAUCUAAGUAUGAGAUUCAGCAUUUUGUGGGUGAAAUAUCCACGAACAUUCGUCCAACAUCUAUUUUGUGAACUUUGUAAAUAAACGUUUCUACAUGUGAA